UCGAGGGGUAGGGCGAGAUGGGACUUGCAUUCCUCCACUCUCCUUUGUACACAGCCGGUGAAUAGCCUUUAGAUCGGGCUUUGUGGGAAUGAUUGUCAGUGGCUUAAUGAGCGUCUUUGCCAAGCUAGAGGCUUUGGCAACAUAUGUGACUACAGUGCCUCUGUUCCUCUCCGGCUCUCCAGCUCGCACGACACAGUACAGACCGGGCUCUCCGUUUUUUGUUAUUUCGAAUGCCCAUUUUUUUACCCAACUCAUGGUUUCCCUCUUUCUCGUGGAUGUUAUUACCUGGACAGGAAUACAGUAGCUACUCCUCUCAUGGGGACCGGAGCUGAGGAUGAAGUGAAAUCUUGUACCGCAUCCUCAGCGCGCCAGAGAAAUGAACUGAGGACCGAGUAGCAGACAGCUUGAGGACGUCCGAUAUUCAAACUAUGAGGUUACAGAAGACCCCGGGAUUGGCCACCGUGCUGGGCCUGAUCAUCUAUAUUUGUGCCUUCCAUACGACGGCAGCCUUUGACAUCCCUCUGGAGGUUUUAGGUCAUGUAAACAUCGAGCAGCUGCCCACCAUCACCGACCAGUCGCCCAGCUCUCUCAUCGCCUUCCCUUUCGACGAGAGCUUCCCCAUGACGUGCGAAGCCAAGGGAAACCCCGAGCCAGAAUUCAGAUGGACGAAGAAUGGGCAGGAAUUCGACCCCGAUAUAGACCCCCGGCUGAUGAAAGAAGAGAAUUCUGGGACCUUUGUGAUACCUAAUAAUGGGAACCUUACAGAGUACCAGGGAACCUAUCGCUGUUACGCCUCAAACAGACUGGGGACCGCCAUAUCCAAGGAGAUUGAGUUCAUUGUGCCCCAUGUUCCAAAGUUUCCUAAAGAAACCCUGGACCCCGUGGAGGUAGAGGAAGGCCAGCCUUUGGUUUUGGAGUGUAAUCCACCUCAAGGGAUACCCCCCCUUCAGAUCUACUGGAUGACCAUAAGUCUGCAGCACAUCGAGCAGGAUGAGAGGGUCCAUAUGGGCCUGAACGGAGACCUUUACUUCUCCCACGCCGUGGAGAAGGACAGCAGGAGAGACUACUGCUGCUUCGCCGCCUUCCCUCGGAUUCGCACCAUCGUUCAGAAGAAUGCCAUGUCUGUCAUCGUCAAGACAAAAAACUUGAGUCCUGAGACUGCUAACGCCAUCCUGCAGAGGAGGCCCUCGCUUCUGUCGCCCUCUGGUGGCGAGUCUGUGACACAGCUGGUCAAAGGACAGGACCUGAAAUUGGAGUGUAUUGCUGAGGGAUUUCCAACUCCUCAGGUGGAGUGGGUGAAGAUGGGAGAUCUGCUCCAGUCUAAAGCAAGAAAGGAGAAACACAACAAACUGCUGAUUGUGAAGGAGGUGGAGCUGGAGGACAGCGGGAAGUACAUGUGCACAGCCAAGAACGCACUGGGACAAGCCCACCAUUACUUCACCGUGAGGGUAGAAGAGCCUCCGGAGUGGGUGGUGGAGCCGGAGAGCCAGCUCAGUAUGAUCGGAGCAGACGUGCUCAUCAAGUGCUCGGCCAGCGGGACGCCUCCGCCCAGCAUCACGUGGAGGGUGAACGGAGAGCCUCUGCAGGGGGCCCCCGCAGCCAACAGGAAGGUGUUUGACGACACCAUCAUGCUCCACAACGCCAAAGAGUCUGACAGUGCCGUGUAUCAGUGCGAGGCGUCCAACAAACACGGGACCCUCCUGUCAAACGCAAACAUCAUGAUUAUAAAUCUGGCCCCCAUGAUUUUAACCAAGGAAGGGGAGGAAUACACCGCUGUGGAAGGGAAGGGAGCAAUGAUGCACUGCAAUGUCUUCAGCUCUCCUCCUCCUACUAUCACAUGGAGCAGGGACGACUCCUCUGAAUCCGUGGAGGGACCGCGGUUUAGCGUUCACGACAACGGCUCGCUGGAGAUCUACAGCGCGGAGAAAGACGACGCGGGACAGUACACGUGUUUGGCGAAAAACACAGAGGGAUCGUCCGCCAUCGACGCCAUGCUCUACGUGAAAGAUCCCACCAGAAUAGUGGUGGCCCAGGAGGACCUGCAGGUGUUGGUCGGUACCACGGCCCAGCUGUCGUGCCUCACACAGUACGACAAGUCCUUCACCAACGACUUUGAGCUCCUGUGGGAAAAAGACGAUAUACCAAUAACCCUGAACUACACUGAGAACUCAAGAUACUUCGUGGAGAACGGUGUCCUUCAGAUCACCAAUGUGAGCCAUGGGGACCAGGGUCUCUUCACCUGUGUGGCCAGAACCCCGGUGGACCGAGACGCCGCCUCAGCCCUGCUCAUGGUGUUAGACGUCCCCGAUGUGCCUGAGUACUUGGUACUGUCUGACCACAAGAGCAGAAGUGUGAAACUGAAAUGGAUCCCGGGGGACGAUCACAACAGCUCCACCACAGAGUUUAUCGUCGAGUACGAGGAGAGCCAGUGGGAGCCCGGAAGCUGGAAGGAGCUGCUCCGGGUACCUGGGAACCACAACUCAGCCGUGGCCAAACUCCACGGGCACGUCGACUACCGCUUCCGGGUGUCCGGAGUUAACGAUGUGGGGAGGGGGCGUCCCAGCAAGCCCACAGAGAGAUACAAAACCCUGCCCACAGCUCCCGACAAGAACCCUGAAAAUAUCAAAAUCGAAGGUCAUUUGCCACAUGAAAUGGAUAUCAACUGGGAGCCCUUGCUACCCAUCGAGCACAACGGUCCGGGUUUGGAGUAUGAGGUUUUCUACAAGAGACAAGGGGUGGAGGAGGACUGGCAGAAACACACGGUGAAGAGACACUCGUUCGUGGUGAAGAACACCCCCACCUUCGUGCCCUACGAGAUCAAGAUUCAAGCCAGGAACAAUCAGGGCCUCGCCCCCGAGCCCAAGAUAGCAACCGGCUACUCGGGAGAGGACUUUCCCUCUGCUGCACCUGAAGACGUAGCCGUGGAGGUGAUGAACAGCUCGGUGGUCAAGGUUAGCUGGACGCGUGUACACAAGGACACGCUACACGGACAUCUGGGAGGCUACAGGGUAAACUGGUGGCGUCUGCGAAGCCUGAGUGACUCUAAGAAAAAACACGGAGACAAACAGACGCUGGCGAUCCCCGGGGACCGCAACCACAGCGUGUUGCCUGGACUGACGCCCUUCUCCGAGUACAGCCUCAUGGUCAUGACCUUCAACGGACGGGGCAACGGCCCAGGCAGCCAUCCCCUCAACUUCAAAACCCCAGAGGGAGUCCCGGAGAAAAAUCCUGUUUUCAGGGUCACGGAUGUUCAGAAGGAUACCGUCUCCCUGGCGUGGGCUGCGCCAUCCGAGCCUAAUGGGAUUCUCACCGGGUACCUAGUCGAGUAUCAACUGAUCAACGAGACAGAGGAGGUGGGCCCUCUGCAGACCAUAGACAUCAGGGAACCGGACACCACUAAGUGGAUGCUGCGCGACCUGGAGCCCCUGAGCAAAUACAAACUGUACCUGCGCUCCUGCACCUCUGUGGGCUGCGGGCCCAUCAGCAUCGAGGAGUGCACCACCACCCUGGAAACAAGCCUGGCCAGUGUCCACGGAGGAAUAUCAACCCAGGGCUGGUUCAUCGGCCUGAUGUGCGCCAUCGCUCUCCUCACGCUCAUUGUGCUGAUCGCCUGCUUUGUCAACAGAAAUAAAGGAGGGAAAUAUUCAGUGAAAGAAAAAGAGGACCUUCACCCAGACGUGGAGUCCCAGGGCAUGAAUGACGACACAUUUUGUGAAUACAGUGACAACGACGAGAAGCCACUGAAGGGCAGCCAACACUCGCUGAGCAGAGAGAUCAAAGCCGGGGACAGCGGGGACAGCCUGGUGGACUAUGGCGACGAGGAGGUCCAGUUCAACGAGGACGGAUCCUUCAUCGGAGAGUACGCCGGGCGCAAGGAGAAGAGGGCGUCCGCCGAGAUCAAAGCCCCCGCUCAGACCCCGGCGUGAGGAGCUGAAAUUCCAAUCCUCUCCCGCGGGGAGGAACCAGAACAGACAGACAUUAUCCACCGAGCACAGAGUGUUGUGUCCAACGUAAUGCGUCAUUUACUGCCACCCUCAUUUUAUACAGCUCCGUUUUGUCAAGUUGCAACAGAGUGAACAUUACUAAAUGCUGUGUAUAUAGAGUGUAUAUUGUCCGUGCGGAGUGUCCUUUUUUAUAAUUAUUGUUACACACAAGAGUUUAGAGGGCUUGGAUUUUCUUUUCUAUCUGCAUUACGCACUGUUUGUACAAAUGUUAGGAAACUCCGUGACACAUCAUGUGAUGCAGACGAUAUCAUCAGGCCACCGACAAGUGGGAAUAUCAGGCUGAUAUGUUUUUGUUUUGUUUUUCAAUUGGAGCAUAUAUUACUGACAUUUUAUAUUUGAAAUUGAUUCAUUAAAUAUGAUGUAAGAUGUGUAUAAAGGUUGCUUAUUAACUUAUUCUACCCGGUGGUUUUGUACCUGAGGAAAUAACAAGGAACUUUACAUAUCAUAAACAGUGAUUGAAGCUCCCUGUGGUGUUAGAGGAAGAUAAAAUGUAGCUAUUAUAUCUUGUUUAGCAUUUAAAUCCAUCAGUGUUUUCUUACCAUAACAGCCCCAAACACUGCUAUUACAGAUAUGGAAGAGAUAUAAAAAUAAUGUAAACAUUUGCAUUCAUCUCAUUAUUAAAAAUGGAUGAGUGAACCAGUCACUUUGUAUCAGAAUUUGUAUUAAAAUAACUGAAAUUACCAAUUUUACAGUUCUACUUUUGCCAAUUGUGGCUAUUUUGAAUAAAAUUGCUCUUAAAAAAUGAUUUAGGGAUACUAUUAAGACAAAGUCUUUAGAGGAAAUGUUUGACAUUAUGAGAAGUAGGCGUAUUACUCUUUGUAAAUAUCGGUAUGGUACAUUUGAAGCUGCAGCUAGAAACUGGUUAGCUUAGCUUAGCAUAAGGCUCUGGUCCCAAAGGUAAAAAAAACCUAGCUACGAAUGAUCUAAAAUAUUAUUAAACUUUCCCAAAAAACAUCAAACUAAUUCUUUAAAGCAGUUAUCAUGUGAUUUGUAAUUGUACUUUCAUAGUGUUGCAUAAUGUUUGGGAACUGUCAUUCAUAAACAUCAUGGAUACAAUGGAAACAGUCCAUAGUUUGGGUCAAGCUUCAAAAGAUUUGUCAAUAAAUUUGAAGCUACAGCUAGCAGACAGUUAGCUUAGCAUAAAGUUUUUGAAACAAUAUGUAAGAUCUAUCAUUUUAUACAUUUCCAAAAACAUCAAACUAUUCCUUUAAAGUAGUAGUGAUUUAUAAUUGUAAUUCCAUAUUGUUCAUAACGUUUGGGACUAAAAAUGUAUUGGCUCAAAUAAAACAGCCCCUUGUUUGGGUUAAGCUUCAACGAUGCCAUAUCCUACACUUCCCACAAUCCCUUUCAUCAGAAAUAUGCUGUGAGACGCCCACUUUUUUCAAUUGCCAUGACAAAUAAGUGCCCAAUUAAGAAGAAAAUGCACAGCACCUGAAAUGCAUUUGAGUCUUCUUUUGUAAUCAGAUUACUGUAAUCUGUUUAUAUGGUAUUUGCUAUACCCUGUGGAGAUAUAAUAGACACAGUUUAGUCCUAAGACUCUGUAACUCUCAAUAUACUGCCAUUCAAAACCCAACCCUCAUGUUGUUCGGCAUUAACAUUAGCACCAUGAUCUGAACAUUUGCAAUGUUUUGUAAAAAAAAAAGAAGUUCAGCCGUUGCAUGUUAAAAAUGUUAAUUGGUGUUUUUCGAUGUCAUUAAAUUGCUUUACUUUCUUA